GUUAUGCAGUGAUCCGUCUACGAUGCGCAAGCACUUUUCGUUAUCCAUAAACGAGACUUUUCACAAAAAUCAGCAUCUGCAUAAUUGAAGACGUAUUAUUACUGGCUAUUUAUAUUAUUAUUAUUAUCUUCCUGGAGCAGACAAACCAUUCAUGGGACUAAACAUAUUACAAUAAUUUAUUAUGACACAAUGAUUCUGAUCCUGUCGUGGAUGUCUUAUUUAUUAGAAAGAUAACCGGAAGAACGUCCCGAUAACCGGAAGAAGUCGGCUUGGAGCUCCCGCUUGCAACGUAGCUUCGGAAGGAAGAUACUGACCGGUCAAGUGCAUUUAUGUCUGUAUUUCGUAGUCGGACGUCCAGUUUGUUAAUUCACACGUUGCUGGUUGGGUUGGGGCCUUGGGCGCCGUUGCAACAACGCAACCCGUUAACCGGAAAUGGCCAACUCCAGCGCCAUCGAGCUGUUUAACCAGUCGGAAGUGUGCCGGCGCGCCGCCUCCAUGAUGGUGAACCUGACCCGGCACGACGCCUUCGGGUGUCCGGCGCGUCCCUCCACCAGGGGUCCCGAUGUGCCCGACCUGCACGCCCGCAUCGACACCUUCAACCCGGCGUCGCAGUUGUACUUUAUCGGCUACCCCUUCCUGCUGGCCAUAGGCCUAAUAGGGAAUACCUUACUGCCGGUAUUUCUCUGGAAGACACAGCCGCGCACCACCUACCUCGCGUAUAUGACGGCCAUCUGCGUGUCCAACUCGCUGGUUCUGUUGUUUGAGUUUCCGGGAUACAUCGCGACAUACGUAACGUCCAUGCAUUCCAAUAGGGAUCUGCGGGAUUUCAUGCUGUACAGCCUGGGCAUACAGAUGUUCGGUGAAGACACUUUUACACAAAUAUCCAACUGGACGGUGGUGGCGUUCUCGGUGGAGCGGUUAAUCGUCAUCUGGCGGCCGUUGCAGUUCCAGGCCCGGCGGCGGCAGCGUUUCGCCCUGAUCGUCAUGGCGGUAAUCGCCGUCCUAGCGGUGGCGCUGUCGCUGCCGGCCACCGUGAUCUACUACAAAAUGGGCCAGCGUAUGGGCUUCUUCCAGCACGAGAUGGACCACUGUCCCGGCAUGCUGUCCAUGGCGCAGAAUAUCCAGCGUAUCGCCCAGAUCCUCAUCCUCGUCGAAGGCGUGAUCGUGAGCGUGGUGGUGCCGGUGAUCACCUUCCUUAUCCUGAUGACCACCAGCUUCCUCUUGAUCCUCCUCCUCACCCGCCACCGUUUACACCGGAAGAACGUCCUGCAGAAAGGUCAAGCAUUACCUCCGGACACCGUUAGCGCCCUGUCCAACCCGACGGCGUGUCUGCUGCGCGCCGUGGCGGCCUACUUCCUCACGCAGAUCCCCUACGCCGUGUACAUGCUGCUGCUGACGCUGUCCAUGCCCCCCAAAUGCCAGGGUCUGGUCAGUAUGUCCGCCGAGAAGAAGGUCUCGCCGGUCAUCCAGUUCAUCUUCCUGGCCUACUACGCCCUGACCUUUCUCAUCCACAAUAAUUUAUUAACGGAGAUUGGCGAGUAUAUUCGGCGACGAUUAAAGGCCCGCAAGAAACACUCGCAGGCAGAGGCCCUGGUGACACCUGGGACGUCCUCCACCUCACUCUAAUUAAUGUGUCGUUGUCUCUCUCCUGGAACUGACAGUAUACAGGAAUCGCUAAUACAAUUAGUCCGGCAGCUGUCUAGCUGAAUCUAGUCAAAAUCUAAUUUAAUUUACGUGGUUUAAAUCAUAUUGUAAUCAUGGCCGUUGUGAUGCCGUCUCCUUGAAUUACAUUUUCCCGAUGGGUGACAGGUAAAUUCCAUUGGAAUAUUUAUACUGAGGGUUGUAUGGAUUCGAGAGAACCUUUUGCUUCCUCGCGGAACGGUUUGGGAAUUUGAUUUUUCUGGAAGUCGUUGUCGAAGCCAAGUGUAAAUUUGCGUCUGUAGGCUACAGACUGUAGCAGUUUGCGCACGC